GGAUUUCUUCCCCUUCUUCUUCCUUUCUGCGGUUCUGUGCUUCAUCCCCUUCAUCUCUGCUAGCUGAGAUUUACAAGACAUGGCUGCUUUGGUGUUCGCAGUGCUCUUUCUGGCCAUGUUUAGUCUGGCUGAUGCCACUUGGUGUGUUUGUAGGAGUGAUGUGAGCAACGCUGCCCAGCAAAAGACCUUAGAUUAUGCUUGUGGAGCUGGGGCUGAUUGCAAUCCUAUUCUCCAAAAUGGAGCUUGCUUUAACCCAAAUACUGUUCUUGCUCACUGCUCCUAUGCAGCCAAUAGCUAUUUCCAGAAGAAAGGUCAGGCUCAGGGAUCUUGUGACUUCACAGGAUCUGCUCUCACUACACAAACUGACCCAAGUAGUAAUGGCUGCACUUACCCUGCAACUCCUAGUGCUGCAGCAACUGGGAGCUCCUCAACACAAAACCCAGGGUCUUCCUCUUCUUCAACAGGAAGCUUGACUCCAACCUCAACUGGAACAGGAGUUUUGGGAGGUCUUGGCCCUUCUGGAACUACCACAAGCAUUGAUGGCAGUGCUGCUUCAUUUAUUCCAAAUCCUGUUAUGAUGAGCUCUCUGCUACUCAUCUUCUUCCUCCAUUGCUUGGUUUGGCAGAGACUCUGAUGUGUAAUGAGAACAUAAAGAAGGAAUUCAAUUUGAAUGGAUGGAUGGAGGGGAGGUGGUGUAGGUGAGAAUGAGAAGUGGAUUUUUGUUCUUUUAUGUGGGAUUUUCUGCUGCUCUUCCUUCUCUC